AUGGCUGGCUUGAAACCUUUUCUUUUUGUUUUUGUCUUGGUUGCUGCUAUGACAGCAGCACCACUGGCUGAAGCCCAGCUCGGGGGUCUGGGAAGUCUUUUGGGGUUGAACCGUAUCCAAGGGACUGUGUUUUGCAGCAUCAAUGGAAGUGCAGGUGCCAAUGGCGCUGCAACACCAGUUUUCCCCAAUGCUCUAGUUCAACUGAAAUGUGGCAGCUCCGGAAAUGUGGCAUCUAGUACAACGACAAAUUCAGCUGGUGGAUUUACCAUGCUAUUGGAUCCAAUUAUAACUCUUUUGUUGAACCUCUUGUCUAACUGCACUGUCGUUGUGAAUACUCCACUCUCCACUUGCAACGUUGAACUGCCUACCAAUAACCUUGUUUCAACCUUAAAGCUGUUCGGAACUACUGCCUCCGGUGUUUUAAACAUCUUCAACCUCAUCCCCACUGGUUUCAAUAUGGCAUAGCCAGAUAUAAUCACCUAUUAUGAACCGAUAUGUACGUUACUGUAUCUCAUCUCUCUCGUUUCAGGAGUUGAUGUGUUGAUGUAUAUGUAAACUCUCUCUCUCUCUCUCUCUUUUCAGCAGUUAAUGUUUGUGUUUUCCUGUUCGUAUGUGAUGUAUCAUCCAGAAGAGGACAUCUCUUCUUUUCCUAAUGAAUAAAUCUUAAUUCGUAUC